AGUUUACACUUCCGCUUUGGGUUGAACUGUCGCCUCACCAGCAUGAGAGAAAUCAAAUGUAGAUAUACGUUGAAAUGACCAUGAUGUGACAUCGUAGCCAUCCUCAUUAAAAAUGGCAGCAGUUCCUGGAGUGAGGGUCCUCCUCAGCCUCCAUCGAUCAGUGAUUGUGCAGCGCAGCUUUGGGCUCGUUCCAGUACAGUUAGCAUCAACCUGCCUUCCUAGGAGGCUUUGCAGUGCUACAACAAGAAAUAAACCAAAGCCACCAGCUGUCUCAGAGAAUGAAUCUCUACUUGAGAAUCUGAAUGUUAUGGGAGUUGAUGUGAAGAUGGCACGCCGGCGGCAGCCUGGGGUCUUUCGUAAAGCCUUUACUAAUGAGCAUGGCCUUGCUGAGUUUCUGCUAGAAAAAGGUGCCAGCCGCAGAUCCAUUGCCAGUAUCAUAUCCCGUUAUCCCCGUGCCAUCACCCGCUCGAUUGACCACUUGGAACAACGCUGGAAGCUGUGGAGAAACAUCUUCAGCACGGAUGCAGAAAUUGUGACCAUCCUGCAUCGCUCUCCCGAAUCUUUCUUCCGCACCAGUGACAAUGAGAGCCUGGAGAAGAACAUAGAUUUUCUGAUCUCACUGGGACUGAACAGCAAAGACCUUCAUCGGAUGCUGACCACAGCACCGCGGACAUUCUCCAACAGCUUAGAGCUCAACAGACAGAUGGUGGAGUUUCUCGAAGAUAUCUGCGUGGAGCUGGGUGGGAAAGACCCAGAGCAGUUUGCAAAAACUGUCAUUUCCAGAAACCUCUAUGUUCUCAUCAGAAGCACUAAGAGAGUCAAGGUAAACAUAGAAAACCUGAGAUCUGUUCUCAAGUUGAAUGAUUCAGAACUGUUGGCUCUUCUUCAAGGCAAUGGGGCAGACAUUGUGGACCUUUCCAAUGAAUAUCUAAAGAAGAACUUUAACAGCCUUCAGCAAAGGUUGACUGCACAUGGCUGUAAUGAGGAUGAUGUAAAAAAGCUGAUUAUCAGCUACCCAAACAUUCUCUACAUUGGGUCUGAAACACUGAGCAAUAAGUUAGAUUGCCUCCUAGAAGGAGGAAUAACAAUACAGCAGAUACUGGGGAAACCCAAGGUUUUGGACUACAGCACACAGAACAUUGCAGGGCGACUGAAAGACCUGCAGAAACUGGGAUAUGACUUCCAGAAGAAUGGCAUCGCCCUCCUGGACAGUAGUCAAAAGCGUUUUAUUGCCAAGCUAAACAAACUUGCUGCCGAGACGAGAUGACUGAAUGUAGCUGCCUGUAUCAUGAUGUUAGAUGAUACUGCAUGCUGGUUUUCCUUCAACUUGACCUCAGAAUAAUCAUGUUUCAUGUUGUAAAACCUUAUCCUUUCAUCCAAUGACAACAACAGGAUUUUUGACAUCUGUUUUGAACUAUUUCAAUAUAACUAUCACAGCUGUAAUGAUUAUUUCAUUAUAGAUAAAUCUGCAGGUUAUGUUCUUGAUUAAUCAUUUGGUCAAAGCCCAAGAUGAAGUCACAAAUGACCUUUUUUGUUCAACCAGUGAUCCAAAACCCCAAAAUAUUCAACUGACUCACACAUAAAACUAUAAAGACAACAAACCCACCCACGUAGAAGCUGUCAUUUGUGAAUGAUUAGCACUUCAAAAUGUCUUAAGCUACUGAUCAUCAACUUUGCUGCUGCUUUUCUGUUGAUCGGCUGACUGAGGAAUGACCUUAUUUCUGCUAAUUGUUUCAGCUCAAAUAUGUUUAUUGACAAGAACUUUAUUUUAUUUUUAUUUUUUAUUUUUUAAAACACAGAUCCAAAACUCCCCCCUGCCUUUUAUAUGCACAUGUAUUACUCAGAGAGAGAGAAAACAUCCUUGUGGAGAACUGUACCUGGAGUUCAUGUGAAGACGCAAUCUUGAAAUAAACGUGGUGUCCAAAGAAUACA